GCUAGCAGAGGAGCUAACAGAGGAGCUAACAGAGGAGGUAGCAGAGUGGCUAGCGGAGGAGCUAACAGAGGAGCUAACAGAGGAGCUAGCAGAGAAGCUAACGGGGAGAACCAUCCGGAGGUUUAACGCCGACACAGGAUGAGUUCGCCAGCCGCGGACCGGUGAGGUUCACGGGGUUGUCGGGUGUGUGUAGCAGCAGGAUGCCCAUCCCUCCACCAGGGGGACCCCUGCCUCCCCCCACCUUCAGCCAGGCCAACACCAUCCCUCCAAAGCUGAACAGGGAGGAGGUCAAAGGUCGCGGCGCUCUGCUGUCCGACAUCUGUCAAGUCACCGAGCUAAGAAAGGUGUCGGUGGUGAACGACCGCAGCGCUCCGCUGCUCGACAGUAAGACUCAAACACCAAAGAGCCAAACACCUUCCACAGAGCACCCAUACAUUCGCUUAUACCAAUACCUGCAGCAGCAACCGGGCCAGCAGGGGGCGGCGUCUGAGGAGCAGAAGAAGAUGGCCGGAGAGGAGCGCUCAGCUCUCUGCCUGGAGAAGCCCAAACGAGGCGGAGCAUCAACAGGAGGAGCCAAUGGGAGCGGAGCAGCAAGCCCAUCAGGUUCUGUUCCACCAAUCGGGGGCCAGUUCUCAGGGGGCGUUCCCAAAUUGAGGGCAGUUGGAGACGGCUCAUCUGGACAUUUGCCCUCCACCCGAGCUGCCGCCCCCCGCCCCCCAGGUCAUCACCAUGACAACGCAGAGAGCCCCUCCCCUCAGGCGCUGUCGCCAUCGGAGCCGAGUCGCUCCCAGCGUCCUUCACUUCCCUCCCCCUCCUCCUCCUCUGCCCCCCCUCCUCCACUCUGUCGCCGUGGUAACGCCCCCACCCCUCCCAACUCAUCCUCAUCUUACAGCAGAGAGAAGCCCCUCCCUCUUGCACCGAACAGCACCCCUCCCCUCCCUUCAAAACCUCCCCCGUCCCCGGGCAACAGCCGACGCCCUCCCACCUCAGGAGGUAACUCUCCCUCUUCCACUCCCUCCUCCUCUCUGGCUCCGCCCCCUCUAUCUUACCACAUCAACAACGGUCUGUCAAGUAGCGGCGGUGAGGUGGCGCCCGAGCUGCCAGAGCGUCACAACUCCCUCAGCAACAGGAGGCCAGCCCCGUCACCUGGAGGCCACACCCCCACCAGAGGCCCUGCCCCACCCCCUCCGCCUGCUUCUCCCACGCCCUCCCGACAGGGGUCCAACAGGCCGCCGCCCCUCGUGAGAGAGGCGCCAGGUAGAGGAGCAGCUCCUCCUGUUCCCGUCCAAUCCUCGUCCUCGAGGGCGGCAAGCAGAGAAGCCCCGCCUCCUCCUCCUUAUAGAAUACAUGGUAGCCCCUCCCUCUCAUCUGAUCCCCACACCAGAGGGAAACCCCCUCCCCCACCCACCCGCACCCCCGCUGCACCUCCCCCUCCUCUCCGCAACGGACACUCCUCCUCCAUCCCUCACUCAUUCGUCGACGACUUUGAGUCCAAGUAUUCGUUUCAUCCUCUGGACGACUUCCCUCCUCCGGACGAGUUCCGACACUUCACCAAGUUCUACCCGAGCAGAGCCAGCACAGUGAUGAGAGGAGCUCCUCCACUGCCCCCUGUUGGGAGGUGAAGAGAACUACAACACAACCUGACACGCACACACCCACAAACACACAUCUGCAGCAUACCUCCCCCUCUGCUCUACACUCACAGCUGAUUGGCUGUUAGCCUGCUGAACCCCACUUCCAGUUUCAGUGUUAUUUUUGCACGUGCACUUUUAGUUUGCAGAGUGUGACUCGUGAAGAAGAACAGGAUGUGGCGCUCACAGCUGCUGCAGGAACCUUUAGUUCAGCUCGGUUCUUCAGGAUCUUCUAGAUUCACGUUCUGAGGUGAACUGGAUCACAUGACAUCACCACAUGAGCUGAUUGGAUAAAACUGACCUGAACAUUGAUGUAAACGAGACGUUGGGACAUCAACAUCAACCCAUCCUCUCAGUGGGAGGUGUGUUAGCCUAGCUUAGCAUCGUUAUGCUAUGAAGUCGCAGACAUGAGUCAGAGGUCCUGAAGAACCACAGAGACAAACUGUCUCCUGGACCUGAGUCCGAAGCGAUGAGGUCACCUGUCGUGUGCUGUGAGGUCAGCAAGGGGACAGACUCUGAUUGGACGAGAGCCGAAGUGAAGCAGAGACUCACCUGAACCGACAGGUUGAGCUCUGCAGCAGCUCCAUGAAUAAUAACUAAUGAUGACAUCACCUGGUGGGUUAAGUUUAAUGUGCCAGAACAACGUUCCAGGGAAUCUUGCAAAAUAAAAUUGCAAAUAGUCAGAUGAAGAAUUAAAAGGGUUGCAUGAAAAUAAAAUUGUCAUAUUUAAUUUGACAGAAAUGAAAAUAAUUAGGCAAUUUUUCGGUUUAGAACAGUUUACUGAGCCCCUCAUUUGAAUUUUUUUUUUAUAUAUUUAUAUGUGUGUGUAUGUAUAUGUAUAUAUAUAUGAACCAGUCCUUUGUCUACAUUAUCUUUUGUUUGAUUGUUGUAGUUAAAAUAAUGUAGAUAUGUAAAUUUUAACAUUUAAACAACAAACAUUUUGAUUUCAGAAUAUUUUUUUUUAUUGUGAAUUUACUAUGUUACUCUGCCCCCCCCCCUUAAAGAAUAUGAAUCUCCUCAAUCAGUUAAAACUUAAAAAGCUUCUGUACAAACUGAAACCUGUGAAAACUCAUCUGAUGAUGAAUCUGUAGAUGUAAAGUGAGUCUGACUUAAACUGCAUGUUUCCUCUGAAUAAACCGUUUCCUCUGAAUUUUUCCCAAACUGA